AUGCUUAACAUAACAUCCAGGAAGCUUACCACAUUCUUCUUUGUCAUUUCCUCUUUCUCUUGCAGUUUGGCUUGUACAUUUACAUUAACUAACAACUGCCCCUACACAAUAUGGCCUGGUACACUUGCCGGUGCAGGGACACCACAACUUCCAACAACUGGAUUCCAGUUGAACUCUGGUCAAAGUGUCAAAAUUCCAACUGUUCCAGGGUGGUCAGGUCGAAUAUGGGCUAGGACUGGUUGCACAUUUGAUGCAUCGGGUGUUGGCUCAUGUCAAACAGGUGACUGUGGGGGUAGAAUGGAAUGUGACGGUAUGGGCGCCUCUCCACCUGCAUCGCUCUUUGAGAUCACCCUCGGAAAAGGCGAUGAAAAAGACUUCUACGAUGUCAGCAUUGUUGACGGUUACAAUCUACCACUUGUUGCUGCACCCAGAGGGAUCUAUGGUGGAUGCAAUGCCACGGGCUGUGCUUCAAAUAUUAACAUGGGUAAGAUAUCAAUUUAG